AUGGAAACCAUACGCGUAAUUACGCCCGCCCAAGCCAGAUCAUCUGGGAUAUCGCGAUCUACCUUUAGUCAACAGCCAAAACGGCCCGCUUCAAUUCCAGCGCACAGGCAACAAGAGGGUGCCACGCUGAUUCAUGCCGAGGACGAGCUGGGCCAGGAACCCCCCAAAAAGAGGCCUCGCAAAUUUGUUAUAGGGCUCGACUAUGGCACCACUUUUACUUCAGUCGCUUAUGUUGUCCAUGCAAUUGAUGACAAAACCCCACGAUUUUCUUCAAGGGAGGUGAAGAAUAUAAUCAAUUGGCCUGAAGAUGGCAAUGGAGGAGCCAGGGCACAAGUGCCUACCGAGAUGUUCUACUCGCCUGUUCCAAUAUUCAGAGUUUCCAAUCACGAUAGCGACGAAUCUGGAUCCGAGGACGACGACAAAGCGCCGAUUAACCAUCCCGUUUCCAGAAGCAGAGCCUUUUCUGCUUCAAGCUACGAGGAGCCUCUAGGACACCUCUGGGGCUAUGAAGCAACGCAUCAGAAGUAUGCUGCAAAUAUCGAACGCGGUACAAUGGGUCACGUUCAACGAGCAAAACUCAUGUUAGUAGAUAGCAAACACACCGCGGGCGAUCGCAAGAUGCUUCGCCCUCAACUAGAGUUCCUCAUCGGAAAACGCACUAUUCGGAAACAUAGUAAAACGGAUGGCGUCAAUCUGGAUGACGCCCAGGAUGUGAUCGCGGAUUUUCUUGUUAAUGUUCUUAGCCACACACGGCAACAGUUAAUAGAGCUCGAGGAUCUAAGCGACGACUGCCCCGUGUCAUUCUCUAUAACGGUUCCUAUCAUCUGGUCGCCACGAGCUUCGAGAAUUUUCCAGGCCUCCAUGCAAGAAGCGAUCGAUAGAACGAAGUUUGGUACUUUGGCACAACUCUUCAUUGUAUCGGAGCCGGAGGCUGCAGCAACUUUUUUGUUAGGAAAUUCUCACACGAUGCUGGCUGGUGAAAGCUUCACUAUUUUAGAUUGCGGCGGAGGUACGGUGGAUGGGGUUACUUAUACCGUCACCAAUAGCUAUCCGCUACGUCUGAAUGUAGAGGUUGGAAAGCCUAUUGGUAACCUCAACGCAUCCUUUCCAAGAUUUUCUCUAACCGAUUAUUCAGGAGACAAUUGUGGGGCCAGCUAUUUGAAUGAUGCUUUCGAAGCUAGGCUGUUGGAACGGCUCGAGGAUGAAGAUUAUCUCGAUUGCAAUGGUGAGACCAGAGAAGACAUCGUGAGGCUAGCAGUACCAGAGUUCGAAGACCGACAGAAAAGAAAGAUCGACAUUUCGAAGAGGCCAGUGGGUGAAGUCAGAAUCCCUGGUUUGAAAGGGGAUGAUAUCAGACGUACUCAAGGUCUUGCUCCCAAGAACUUCCGAAGAAAUUACAUACUCAUGAAACAAGAUGAUUACAUCAAGAUUUUCUUGCCUUUGUUGGAACGCACAAGCAGAGUGUUGGAAGACCAGCUCGAAGGUGCCUUGUCUCAGGGCACGAAUAUCAAGAAAGUGUUUCUAAUAGGUGGUUUCGGAGCCGCUCCUUCUUUGCGCAGUUACUUGAGGGAAUAUCUCGCCGAGUUUCCGCGGAAGCGGAAUUUGCCCUACGAUGUCGAGCUUAUCACGAUCAACGAGCAAGAGAGUGUCACAGCAAUAGCUGCUGGGGCCGCUCUGCGAGCAUUGAAUCUUGACCAAGGCCCCCGCAGGCAGGCCUACUCAAGUUACGGCUUUCUUCGGAUCGAGCCAUAUCUACCCAGGCGCGUGGAUCUUCCUGGCCACAAGGAAACCAAACCCAUUAUCGAUCGUUUCGACAAGAACCCCUACGUCACUGUAAUUGACUACUUUUUGCACAAGGGAGAUAUCAUUCCUCCAGUAUCUCGUUACAGUCCGUUUAAAUGUAUCCAUGCAUUUGAUCUCGACGCCGACAAGUUCAGAUGCGAGGAGAUUCUCUACGCCAACGACGAAGAUACCAAAUCCCACUACGGCGUGGACCACGAGGUGAACCGACAAGCCCAGGAAGUCGGGAGAAUCAUCGUCGACAUGACGUUCCUCAGAGACGAGGGCCGCAUUCAGCCCAAAGUGCCCGCGAGGGGCGCUCGCGGUGCGGCGCGACGCAAGGCUUACUAUGAAGUCAUCUAUGAUCUCGUCCCUGUCGUCGAAGGCCGGGAUCUGCGAUAUGAGGCGAGGUUUCCGCCAAAUAAGAACGGUCAGGUCAGGCAGACGAGCCAGAUUAGCAUCGCUGCCGCUUUUCGGCCAGGCACAGGUUAA